AUGUCAGCCGAAGAUACUAAACCAAAGACUGAAGAAUCAACUUCUAUUCCAAAACCACCAACUUCUAAUGUAUUCUCCAUGUUUGGUGCCAAAAAAGAGAAAAAACCAGAACAAGAAGAUUCAGACAACAAGAAAGAAUCCGAUAAAAAGGAAGAAAAAGAUACUAGCAAAUCAACCGGCGAUGACAAUGAAGUAGCUGAAGAAGAAGAAGCUGAUGUCGAAUUUACUCCAGUUGUUCAAUUGGAUAAAAAAGUUGACGUUAAAACCAAUGAAGAAGAUGAGGAAGUCUUGUAUAAAGUUAGAGCCAAAUUAUUUAGAUUCCAUGGUGAUUCAAAAGAAUGGAAAGAAAGAGGUACUGGUGAUGUUAAAUUUUUAAAACAUAAAACUACUGGUAAAGUCAGAAUUUUAAUGAGAAGAGAUAAAACUUUGAAAAUUUGUGCUAAUCAUUUGAUUUCUGCUGAUUAUGAAUUGAAACCAAAUAUUGGUUCUGAUAGAUCUUGGGUUUAUACUGUUACUGCUGAUGUUUCUGAAGGUGAACCUGAAGCUCAAACUUUAGCUAUUAGAUUUGGUAAUAAAGAAAAUGCUGAUCUUUUCAAAGAACACUUUGAUAAUGCUAAAAAGGAAGCUAAAAAAGAUUAA